AUGGCAGAAAAGGAGGCCACGGUCUACAUUGUCGAUGUGGGCAAGUCCAUGGGAGAGCGACGACAUGGGCGUUCCGUCACGGAUCUCGAGUGGGCCAUGCAGUACGUCUGGGACAGGAUCACGACGACGGUUGCAACUGGCCGUAAAACCGCUACGGUCGGAGUGGUCGCAUUACGGUCAGACGAAACCUCGAAUGACCUUCAAGAGGAUGCCAGUUUCUCAAAGAUCUCUGUUCUUCAAAAUCUUGGACAGUUGCUCAUGCCUGACAUCCGGCGGCUACGAGACGCAAUCAAACCAAGUCAAACGAACAGAGGAGAUGCUAUCUCUUCCGUUGUUAUUGCUAUUCAAAUGAUCAACACCUACACCAAGAAGCUCAAGUACAAGCGGAAGAUUGUUCUGGUGACUAACGGUACUGGACCCAUGAACAACGAGCAGCUCGAUGAGAUCCAGAGGAAGAUCCAAGAUGACGGCAUUGAGCUUGUUAUUCUUGGGGCUGAUUUUGAUGAUGCGGAGUUUGGCGUGAAGGAAGAAGAUAAAGACACUCACAAGGCUUCAAAUGAGAUACUACUCCAAGCUUUCGCAGAAGGCUGCGGGGGAGCCUUCGGCACACUUGAACAAGCUGUCUCUGAGUUGGAAAUUCCUCGUAUCAAGGUCACCAAGAGUAUGCCCUCCUUCAAAGGCUUCAUAUCCCUCGGCGAUGCAUCCAAGUAUGAGACCGCCAUGCGCAUUCCCGUCGAGCGAUACUUCCGUACCUAUGUCGCCAAACCCCCUUCAGCAAGCUCUUUUGCUAUGCGUUCCGGCGGACAAGGGCAGGAAGCAGCCGAGGCUGGGGCGGGCCAAUCAACAAGUGGUGGUGAAGCUCUAACUACUGUUAGGAUGUCACGGACAUAUCAGAUCAAUGAUGAGUCCGCGCCGGGAGGCAAAGUCGACGUUGAGCGCGAUGAUCUUGCCAAGGGAUAUGAGUACGGACGAACGGCCGUGCAUAUCAGUCAAACGGAUGAGAAUAUUACCAGUCUGGAAACCUUUGCAGGCCUGGAAAUUAUUGGGUUUGUUCAAAUGAAUAAGUAUGAUCGAUACCUGCACAUGUCGAAUACCAAUGUCAUCAUCCCACAGCGAGCAAAUGACAAAGCUUCGCUUGCGUUGUCAUCUCUGAUCCACGCCCUAUUCGAACAAGAGACCUAUGCUGUUGCCCGGCUGGUAACCAAAGAGGCUAAGCCCCCAAUAGUGGUACUCCUCGCCCCGUCAAUCGAGCAAGAUUACGAGUGUCUCAUCGAAGCCACCCUUCCAUUUGCCGAAGAUGUCCGUUCAUACCGGUUCCCACCUCUGGACAAGGUCGUGACCGUCUCAGGAAAGGUUAUCACUGAGCACCGCAAUCUUCCAAAUGAGGAGUUGCAGCAGGCAAUGAGUGACUAUGUUGACAAAAUGGAGCUUGAUGGAGAAGAGUUGCCUAUUGAUGAUUCUUACUCCCCGCUCCUGCACCGGAUUGAGUCCGCAGUGCGGUACCGCGCGGUGCAUCCCAACGAACCUAUCCUUGAACCAUCUGAACAACUGACCAAGUUCGCGCAUCCAGACAAGCAACUGGUUAAAAAGGCGAAGGACUCUCUAGAGAAACUAAUAUCUGCAGCAAAUGUCAAGAAAGUUCCACCCAAAACUAAAGGCCGCAAGCGCCUACGGGAAGCUGAGAAACCCCUCUCGGGUCUCGAUGUCGAUGCUCUUCUCAAGCAAGAACCCAAACGCACCAAGAUCUCUGCCGAAAAUGCCGUUCCUGAAUUCAAACAGAUGCUGUCGCGCGCCGACAGCCUCGACAUCAUUCGUGAUGCUGUCAAGCAAAUGGGCAGUAUUAUCGAGACGCAGAUUAAGCACAGCCUUGGCGACGCGAAUUACGAUCGUGCUGUCGAGGGACUGGGCACUAUGCGCGAGGAGCUGGUGGAUUAUGAAGAGCCGGCGCUUUACAAUGACUUCUUGAGCGCGUUAAAGGCGAAGAUACUCGCUGAAGAGCUGGGCGGUGAUAGGAAGGAACUGUGGUGGCUGGUCAGGAAGAGUAAGCUGGGGCUUAUUGACCAGGCUACAUCGGAGGUGUCGAAGGUCACUGAAGAGGAGGCAAAAGAGUUCUUCUCUGCCACCUGA